AUGCUGUGCCUCUUGCGGCAGUGCCAGGAACACUUCUUCGACCACGCCCACCAACCUCCGGACCACGUUUCCUCUCGCCACACAAGCAUGGAGCAAGUCCAGAAGCUGGCGAAGACCCAAAAUGAGACAGAUCGGCUAGCAUUGCUACACCAACUGGUCGAUCAGUUGAACUCAAAGGAGAGACAUGCUCUCGCUCGCAUCAUCAGCGUCAAGAACGAUCGACUGGCCGCCCUACCUGUCGAGCUGGUCAUUCAAAUACUGAGCAACCUUGACUUCCUCUACACCUGGAAGCUGCAGCUGGUCUGCCAGCAAUGGCGCGACAUCCUCUCUUCCGAACAGAUCGUCGACGCAGCCUUGAAACGCUGGGAUACUCACAGGCCCGAAGAUCGUGUCAAGUCAUCUCCGACCGUUGAAGCGUCCAAAGACAUUCUUCGCCGGCUGCAGUCUUGGAGACUCGGGCGCCCAUUCACGAGAUGCGCAAAGCAUAUCGACAUUCGCGAUACGGGCGGUGAUCACCCGCACCGCUACCAAGCAAGUAGAACUUCUGCACUAUCCGGUCACUACUUUGCCUACUUUGAGAUUUCGCCAAGAAGUGAUCAGGCCGUCGUGGUGUUGAAUCUCGUCACGGGCACCAGAACCAGGUACCACGGUACUGCGCGAGAGCCCAUCUUGAGGUUCGCUCUGUCCAACGACAUCAUUGCAUACACCAACUUCCACGGCAAGCUCUAUACUUGCAAGCAUGAUGACAUACAGCUAGGUAGCGUCCAACUAUCAUCGGCUAUCUACCAAGCCUUCAGCGCGGAGCGAGAUAUCGUUGGAAUCGUUAUGCAGGCUAGAAGCUCUCGUCCCGCUACGGUUAUCCUCUACAACUGCAGCAAUUGCACCAUGCGCAAUUUCGAAAUCGAACCAGUCAAAGUCCCAGCCGAGGCGCUGCCUGACCUGGCAUUUGACCCAGGGUGUUCGAUCAGGACGCUGCUAAUCAGUGUAGACGCCCGAACAGUAGACAUCUUCGGGCAGCAAGAUCUGACUACCGAUGAAUCCGGUAAGUCGCAAAACGUCUACGUCGAACACAGACGCUAUGCCUUCGACGGCAAGUAUCUCAGCUCCUCUUCCUGGAGACGGACUGGGACACGGGCUAAGGCCCCAUGGCCAUAUGACUAUGACCGCUUCGAACUCACUGAUCUCCACCACACUGGUAUCGGCGGACACUACGUCUUCCGAUCACCUGUGCAGCAGUCAGCGGAUCAGCUUCCGUCUCUUUCGACCAGGACGCCCCCACGCCAGAUGCUUCUCUGCUUCGAUGCCGAAGCCGCAAGGUUGAAAGAGUACGCCCUACCUAUUGAUUACCAGCAAUCGCGAGGUCAAGGUCACGAUGACGGCGGUCGAGCGAAUCGCUCACGUCCUAUGUUGUGGAAGAAUCUGGAGAUCCGCGCGGCUGAGUCCCUGUACUUCAGUACAAUGAGUGACACAGACCGGCAUAGAAUACAAAACAGGCUGCAGCUCAGGUCCCGAGGCAAUGAACGACAAAGCCAAGUGCUGGUCAACGAGUCUUUUGUCGUCGCAACAUCUUGGCUGAGCCAGGCAAAAGAGUGGCAUGCCGACAUAUUUUGCUUCGAAGAGAACCUUGACUGGGCAGUCCAUGGCUCCGAAGUCAUUCCCACAAACUUCUGGAAUGCCGCUCCAAGCACGAACGAAACAGGUCAUGGAGAAUAA